AUGGAGCGAAAAGGAAAGAGGACGCAAGGUGCUCUCCUCGGGGUCUGCCUGGUUCCCUUCGUGCUGCUGCUGCCUCUGCUGCAGCUGGCAGGAGGGGCCUCCCUGGGCCAGGGACUGUACCCCAUGCCAGCCGCCGUCCUGCAAGCCCCUGCUCAAUCGCUUGCCGUGCUCCCUACUGUGCCCCCCAACUGCCAGGACCUGCUGGAUGCCCAGGCACUGCUCAACCUGCCCCAGCGCAACUGGGCUCUCAGCCAGGCCUGUGCCCCUUACCAGCAUUUGUGCCCACCUGAGGGGGCCCAGCAUGCCUGUACCCUGCUCACCACCCGGCUCUGCCACCGCCGCCUCCAGGAGUGCCGGAUGGCAGCUGCGGCCCCGGGCCUCGAUGCAACAGAGGAGGCGUCGAUGCCAGGGAGCUGUGGGCACCGUGGGGGUCCACAGCUCAACACCACGGCCCCCCGAGGACGGAUCAUGGGCGGUAGCGUGGCCCCGCCGGGGGCCUGGCCCUGGCUGGUGUCAGUGCGGCUCCAUGGAGAGCUGAUGUGUGGAGGGGUGCUGGUGGGACACUCCUGGGUCCUCACCGCAGCCCACUGCUUUGCUGGGAACCGGAAUGAGCUGGCGUGGACAGUGGUGGUGGGCGACCACGAACUGGGCAAGCUGGACACUGGUGAGCGGGCAGUGCCUGUCCGGCGCAUCCUGCCUCACCCCAAGUUUAACCCCAAGACAUUUCAUGGGGACCUGGCGCUGCUGGAACUGGCAGUGCCCCUGUCCUCAUCACCCUCCAUCAGUCCAGUGUGCCUUCCCAGCGGUCCCAUAGAGCCCAGCCCUGGCACCACCUGCUACAUUGCGGGCUGGGGCUCCCUCUAUGAAGAGGGGCCAGCAGCUGAUGUGGUGAUGGAGGCUCAGGUGCCCCUGCUCAGUCAAGAGACAUGUCGGGGUGCCCUGGGCAAUGACGUGCUCACCAACGCCAUGUUCUGUGCUGGGUACUUGUCUGGGGGCAUCGACUCCUGCCAGGGAGACUCAGGGGGACCGCUGGCAUGCCAGGACCCCUCCUCACACCGCUUCGUCCUCUACGGCAUCACCUCUUGGGGUGAUGGCUGUGGUGAGCAGGGCAAACCGGGUGUCUACACCCGCGUCGCUGCCUUUGCAGACUGGCUUAGCCUCCAGAUGUACCCUUCCCCUGACAGCCGGGAACCAAGCUGCUUCGACCUGCUGACACUGGCCCAGCUGCCCCCCGAGCGGCAGCCACCUGAGCGUGCCCGACUCUGCUCCUUCUAUGCUGGGUCCUGCCGGGCUCCCCAGGGCCGGGCUGCCUGUGCCCGCCUGGCUGAGGAGACCUGCCGUGCCAGGAUGAGACGGUGUGAGCUGCACUCCUACGCCCAGACCUUGGUGGAUCUUCUGCGCCGUGCUGGGGACUUCAUCCGGAACCAGUUUGACUUCUCCUUCCUCACCCACACCCUGCCUCAGCUCCUAAGCAAGAUCUAUGGGCACCUCUUCCCUCCCCGUGUCCGCAGAGAUGUUCCAGGCCUGUCCAUGGCAGGGGAUCAGCCGCGCCCCACAGCAGAGGAAUCCCAGAGAUCCCCCUUCAGGUGGGAGGCUGGGCAGCCACCCCCCUUUGCAGGGCUCUUCAGGGCCGUGGGGCCCCGGCUGCAGGACUGGGUGGAGGCACUGAGGGCCAUGGCUGGGGGCAGCCCCCCGUUACCUACCCCAGACAGGAAGCAUCUCUCCGGGGAGACGUGGCUCUUCUUGCAGCAGGGUGAGGAGGCAGUGGAAGAGCUGGUGGGACAGGGACGAGCCUUCCUUGCCCAACUGCGGGCAGAGCUGGACUUCAGCACUUCCCUCAAAGCCGCAGAGCCACAACAGGCACCCGGAGAGCUGGCAGGGACCCCCACAAUGAGCCGGUCUGCUCUGAGGGAGAAACGGGAGCUCAUGCCAACAGAGGUGCCAGUGGUGGAGGAGGAGAAGGCAGGCAUGGGCAGAGCCUGCCCUGGCCUCAACGAGUCAGCAGUGCGGGUGGGUGAGGUGCAGGAGCUGUAUGCCUGGGUGCUGCAGGUCCCUGAGCCAGACCUGGCCAUGACCUUCCAGGAGAUCCUGGUGGACUUGAGCUCUAAAAAUGCCAAGGGACUGUACCGGGCCCACGUGCGGGCUGUGGUGGGGGGCCGCCCCACAGCCUUUGCUGCGUUGGUGGGGCUGGAGAAUGACUCGCUGGCCCGCAGCAUGCCCGGCCUUGUUGCUCUGGCACUUGAGGCGCUGAAAACCUAAAGAUGGCCCCAGGGCACCAUGCCAGCAUGGGCAUGGAACACUGGGGCAGGCAUUUCUCAUGUCCUUCAAAUUCAGCCACUUCCCCUGCUCAGGCUCUUCCAUCUCUAUGUCAUUCAUGGUGUCUCAG